CCUUCUCCUUCCCUCUCUUCCCCUCCCCCUCUCUCUUCCACUACCCCGAUUAAGUAACCCAUUAAGUCAUCAACACACCGCAGUGAAAGAUGGGGUUCGCUUCCAAGAUCGCCAACAGCCAGAGCCAGAACCCACCCCCCAACAUGAGUAACAAGCCCGGCGUCUACGGAGGAGCCCCUCCGGCAGGCUAUACUGGCGGUCCUCCUGCUGCACUGCAGCCUGGAGCUCCUGCUGGGAACAGUGGAUAUGCUGACGCACCGCACCUUAUUCACCUCUCCAGCAACAGCAGCAACCUCAACAGCAGCAGCAACAGCAGCAGCAACAGUACCGACCUUAUCAAGCCUCCCCUGCUCCAUCCGGCGCUUCGCUUCGGCCUGGUUCAGCCAGCAGUCCCCGUAUCCGACUUCGCCUCAGCAAUCGUACCAAGCGUACGCGCCUCCAUCGGUCCCGCAAAACAAGCCUGUUCCUUCGCCAUCCCCGGGCCCUCAGUCUGCCUAUUCGGCCGCCUAUUCGACUCCCCAGGCUGCUCCUCAAGGACACUAUCCUGGCCCUCAGUCGGGUUAUGCGCCCGCGUAUCCAUCGCAAUCGCCAAUUCCCCAAACCUACUCUCCGUCACCAUAUGGGACCCCUGCACCACUGCAGCAACAAGGCUAUUCUCAACCAUCUCCCUACGGGACUACUAGAGAGCCCGCGUAUGGACAGUAUGGACAACCGCAGCAAGGAUAUGCCCGAGCCCCGCCCCCUCCACCUCAGAACCAGCCCUACGGAGCGCCUGGACAACAGUAUCCUCCACAGCUAUCCUCUCAAGGACCGUCCUACCCCCCUCAGAAUGCGCCUUACCCCGGCGCCCCCGGACGCGCUCCCCAGCCGGGUGCUCCGUCCGGACCACCGGGAGCUGCGUAUGGCCCCCCUGGUGGUGCGCCCGCUCCCCGUGCCACGGAGCAGCAGGUUGCCGCAUACAGACAACUUUUGAUCGGAACCAUCCAAGAGAAGCGCCUUCAAAGCUUUUGGCCCGCAGAGAAGCUGGACAGACUGGUCCAAAGCCUCUCCCUCGAGGCGCCUGCCAAGGUCAGCAAGCUGGUGCACGAGUUGGCUGUGCCCCAGGAAGUGGCUAUGGAUAUCAUGAAGCUAUCUCUCUUCGACGUGAUCCUUUAUGUGGACGACAGUGGCUCGAUCGAGUUCGAGGAAAGAGGCGUGAGAAAGGAGCAGCUGAAGCAAAUUAUCGAAAUUGUUGCCUCUGCCGCAUCCACCUUUGACGACGACGGCAUCUCGGUGCGGUUCAUGAACAACGCCGAGCAAGGAGAUGGAAUCCGCAAUGCGGACGACGUCACCCGACUCGUCUCGCGUGUUCGCUUCCAAGGUCUCACCCCGCUGGGAACCGGCCUGCGCAACAAGGUCCUCGACCCGAUGGUUGUGGGCCCGGCCAGGCAGAAUCGCCUUCAGAAGCCAGUCCUGGUCAUCACCAUUACCGAUGGCCAGCCUGCUGGCGAGCCUCUUGAUAGUGUCGCCAACUCGAUCGGCUAUGCCGUGAAUGAGGUCUCUCGAACCCAGUAUGGACAGGGUGCCGUUUCCUUCCAGUUCUCGCAGGUGGGCAAUGACACCAAGGCCCGGGACUUCCUCUCCGCGCUGGAUGAAGACCCGCAGAUUGGGGCACUGGUCGAUUGCACUUCGAACUUCGAAGUUGAGCAGGAUGAAAUGUCUCGCGCCGUCCCACCGGUGUACCUGACUCGUGAACUCUGGUGUGCUAAAUUGAUGCUUGGUGCUAUUGACGCUUCGUACGAUACCAAGGACGAGAAGGCUGCGGGCCGAGGCCUUCCCCCCUCUGCUCCUCCCGGACCUCCGGCCGGUCAGUAUGGAGGCUACGGCCAGCCAAGCUAUGGCAGCCAGCCCCCGUCAGCUUCAUAUGGCUCCUACAACCAGGCCGCCUACCCUCCUACGCCGGGCUACAGUCAGGCAGCUUACCCUCCUAACCAGGGCCAAGGUCAGGCACCCGCGCCGGGAUACGGUCAAGGCUACGGUGGGGGAUACGGCACCCAGUCGCCUCAUCCCGCCCAGUCGCCUCAUCCGAGCCAGUCGCCUCACCCCGGCCAGGCUGGGUACGGACAGUCUUCCACCGGAGCCACCCGGGGUUAUUCUUCCUACGGAGCCCCAGCGCCGCCCAGGUACUAGGCUAGAUCAAGAUGCGCGGCGCCAUUGCCAAG